UGCACGUCCGGUUCUGCACGGAGCUGCUGCGUUCCGUCCUUGCAGCUGCGGAGGCGGGGGUUUUCCUGGACGCGUUCGGCGACCCGCAUGUACGUGCCCCGCGCCUCGUUUAAGCUUGGGCCUCCCCGGGGCAGCCUGUGCCCCCCGCUCGCCCCUUAGGGCGCCCGCCCGGCCUCUCCCGCGACCUCGGCCGCUGACCGCCCCGGGGGCGCCCCGCAGCCUCCACCCAAGCGCCAUGGCUCCGGCUAGGAAGGGCGGCAGUCGGGUGGCCAAGACCAGCUCCUUGCGGAGCCGGAAGCUCGCCUCCUUUCUUCGGGACUUCGACCGGGAAGUGCAAAUACGGUCCAAGCAGAUCCAGUCGGACACACAGAACCUCCUCAAGGAGAUGGACAACCUGUACAACAUCGAGAUCCUGCGGCUCCCCAAGGCGCUGCGCGAGAUGAACUGGCUCGACUACUUCGCCCUUGGAGGAAACAAACAGGCGCUGGAAGAGGCAGCAACAGCUGACCUGGAUAUCACAGAAAUAAACAAACUAACAGCAGAAGCUAUUCAGACACCCUUGAAAUCUGCCAAAACACGAAAGAUAAUAAAAGUGGAUGAAAUGAUAGUGGAAGAAGAAGAAGAAAAUAAGAAGAAUCUUCGAACUUCCAGAGUCAAAAGGUGUCCUCCGUCCAAGAAGAGAGCCCCAUCCGUACAAGGAAAAGGCAGAAGGAAAAGCACCGUCACCCCAGCUGUGAGCCGGCUGGAGUUGUCUCUGGUGAAACCAACUCCAGGCCUGACCCCCAGGUUUGACUCAAGGGUCUUCAAGACCCCGGGCCUGCGUACCCCAGCAGCCAGAGAGCGGAUCUACAACAUCUCCGUGAACGGCAGCCCUCUUGCCGACAGCAGAGAGAUUUUCCUCACGGUGCCGGUGGGCAGUGGCGAGAGCAUGCGAUUACUGGCCAGCGACUUGCAGAGGAUGGACAUCGCACAGCUGGACCCAGAGGCCCUGGGAAACAUUAAGAAACUCUCCAGCCGCCUCGCCCAGAUCUGCAGCAGCAUACGGACUCACAAAUGAGGCUGCUGUUCCAAGAAGCCCCACUGGACAGGACGGACCUCCAGCGGGCACGUCGGGGACCCUGACGCCACCUCUUCCCUUCAGGCUUAUUGUUUGUUUGAGUGUGCAGCUCCAGAGCAGGGAGCGGUGUUCCUCAGGGAGAACCAGAGAAGCGGAGACACUGCUCCCCCAUCGGUUAAUACAGCUUAGCUCCUCACGCCUCCCCGCCCGCCUGCCACCUGCCGCCUCCUGCCUCUGUGCAGUCGAGACUUCCUGUCCUUCCUGUAGGAUUCUCCUUCCUGCUCUCAGGGCUGCCACUCCUGCCUCCCAAAACCCAUGUCCUCUCUGCCUUGCCUCCUUCCAUGGAGGUGGCCUGCAGGAACCUCCUGCUCCCCCUUACCCAGCACCCUCCGUGCCCGGCAUUUCUGUGUUGCUUGAGGCCGGGAAUUUUAGGCUCAGAGAAGUGAGGGCCGGGGCUAUGGGAGGAAGAUCGGAGGCUGGGAGGAGCCGUACAGCAGAGCAAGGCCUGUCCAGCAGGGACACAGCAGGCGCAUCGGCCCGGCCCCGCUUCCUCCCGAGGCGGACCCAAGUGGCCCUUCAGGAUCUCCUGCCCGCCCUGCCCAGUAGUUUUUUCCAAGCUGACCAUGGAAUAGUGGUUUGUACUUCUCCCUUGACCGAAGACCAAAAAUUAGUUUGGAGGCAGCUUCCUCGUCUGGCACCUCUACCUCUCUACUCGGUAGGGAUUUGGAUAAGAGAAUUCUAGGGCUUAGCGUAGUCGAGGGCUUCGUGGGACCAGCUGCAGAGGGGUGGUCUCUGAGCUCUCCGUGCCAGGUCCACAGACUGCAGAGAGCACUUCCUAUCAUGGGGUUCGUUGGGGGCAGGUGUGAACUGCCUGGUGGCCUCACUCCACGUGUCUGGCCUGUGCUCCGGGCAUCGGCUCGGUGUUCAGAGCCCGUACCCCGCCCCAACGAGUCCUGCAGUGUGGUCCAAAACUGCGGGCCCUGGGGCCCCGUGUCCUCUACGGCCCUGCGUCACACUCGGCAUCACCCAGCCAGGUGACCCGCCUGGCAGUCCAGUCCCGUUGCAGCCAUAUCCCCUUCAACUUGUUUUAUUCUCCCUUUCCUGAUACUUCGGUGUGUAUCGUGUUCCCAAGCAUCUCUUAUUAAACUCUUGUAAUUAGGGCUAUUGAAAGGUACCUGUUUUCAAUAAAUUGUGGGUUGGUUUGUUUUUAAU